AGAGAAAAGUUAUUCAUAGUUGUAUUUUGAUAUCUUUUAUUUACUCUAUAAAUUGCUUAAGAGAUUAUAAGUUAUAACAUCCUCAAAUUAAUAAUUACUUGCAAUACAGCAAAUUCAAAGAAACAUACAAUGGCCUUUUGCGAAGUUGGUAUCCUUUCUCUCCUCCUAUUGUCCGGUAUAUUUCUGUUGGGAUAUGGAAAUGCUCAAAAGAUGUGUCUCCAGGUUUGUGACAAUGAAGUUGCUUACAUGACUUGCCCCUCUUCAGGAGAUGAAAAAAUAACUGGAGUAUGCGUCAAUUGUUGCACAGCAGUUGAAGGCUGCAAAUUAUACCGCGCUGAUGGAUCGUUAAUUUGUACUGGAACCCCUCAAUAAUAUAUAUAACAAAAUGUAACUAUUAAAUUCAUAUUCGUGUGUAAUAAGGCCUCAGUUAUUUUACUCUGCCCGUUUAUAAUAAUAUUUUCAUCCUAUACCUAUUUAAUUUGUCUGAGGUUCUAAUAAAAAUGAGAAGCAGAUGCAAGCUUUUUCUUUGAUUGUAAUGAUAUAAAAUUUUCAA